CAUCAUUUUUCCCCUCUGCUAGUCCCAAUGUUGUAGGACCCUUACGCCAAGGUAAACAAGAACCUUGGCACGCGUGCUUGGACAUUUCAGGUCGUCCACUAGCCUUUGCGUAGCAGAAUUACAGCUUGUACCAUGUCGAGGAGAACAGCACUUUUGGUGAUUGACAUGCAAGGACGAUUUAAAGAAAUUGCAGAGAAUGGGAAAAUCAUAGAAAACAUUGCCAGUUUGGUCAAGCUUUUCCAUAACAAGGACCUCCCUGUGGUCUUUACGCAGCACCACGAUGACCCUAAGAUGACCUCAGUGUUGUCAAGGUGGUGGAACAACCCUAUUAUCAAAGGCACUGAAGAAUGGCAGAUCAUCCCAGCUCUACAGAAGGUCCUGAAUGUCGAAGAUGACAUCAUGAUCACAGAAAAGAGCCGUUAUGAUUCAUUCUGGGAAACCCCACUGAAAAGCAAACUACAGGAACUGGAGGUAGACACUGUGGUCAUCACUGGCACCAUGACCAACCUGUGCUGUGAAACAACUGCUCGUGUGGCCUUCAACAAUGACUUCAAUGUCAUUUUCCUCAGUGACUGUAAUGCCACUUCAACAAAGGAGUACCACGAGGCUGCCUUGAAAAACCUGGCAUUUGGUUUUGCAACAGUGAUGACACACAGAGAAUUUUUGAAGAAAUAUGAAAAUGUUUAAAAGAGAAAACUAUAUUUUCAUCUGUUGACAUACCAGAGGAUUAUUUUAUAAUGUAUACUAACAACUGCGAAUGUAUUUUUCAAUUUUACAUUUUUUUUUCAAUUAUAUAACAUAUGCCUGACCAUGACAUAUAUAUAUAAAUAAAUAUCUGUGAGUUUAGAUAAAGAAAGUUAUGAAUUGUUAGAUUAAUGAUUGCUGACAAAAUUUUGUUUGUUUGUUAAUUAUUGUUAAUUUAUAAAUAUGAUUUUCCUAUUUUGCUCUCUUGUUUCAGAUAUUGUUUCAAGAAAAAGCUCGUGCCAUUUGGUAUUUAUCAUCUCAGCUUUAUAACUUACAUUUGUUUGACUUAUCAAAU